UAAAAAGUGGUCGGAACGCGUGACGUGUUCAGCACUGGCGUGUGAGGGAAAAUGUAUCGUCUCGGCCAACAGUCUUUCUCCAAGAUCGCUUUCAAUUCCUUUUUUUCCUCAGUGCCGCGGGACUAUUUUCACUUUGCGAGACAACACAAUAAAAGCUGGUCGUGUAUUGGCUGAUUUUGGAUCAAACUAGAUAUUUUGUUUUGACAAAGAAAAUGCGAAGGGCCAAGAAGAAGAGCGGCAGAGGGGGCCAGCAUGGAAACGUGCAGCCCUUCAGCGACGAGGACGCCUCUGUCGAGACGCUCAGUCAUUGCAGCAGCUUCAGUGAUAACACCAGUGUCGCAGAUGAAGGCGGAGAGGCCAAUGAGGACACAGCCCAGGAGGAUUUCCAGUACAAGCUCAAGGGGUUCAUUGACAGCACAGUGGAUAAGAGUGCUAAGACCAGACAGGGGGCGAUGGACGGGCUGAAGACGGCGAUGGCCACACGCAUCCUGUAUGAAUUCAUCUCGGAGAGAAGGAUGACAAUCACUGAUAGCAUCGAACGCAGUCUGAAGAAAGGUAAAGGUGAGGAGCAGCGAGCAGCAGCGUCUUUGGCCUGCCUGCUCUGCAUCCAGCUGGGCUCGGGCAUCGAGAGCGAGGAGGUCUUCAAGACCCUCAAACCCAUUUUCAAAAACAUCCUUGCGGACACCUCGGCGAACAUUCUCGGCAGACAGGCGGUGGCGACGAGUUUGGGCCUGUGUACUUUAGUGGCAGAAGAUGACGUGUUGGACGUGCGUGCCACCAUGGAGUGCUUCGAGAACCUCUUCACGCGCUCAUACGCUCGGGCUGAUGGUACAUGCCCUUCUGUCAACGCCCCCACCAGCCAGCUGCACACCAACGCUCUUCUGUCCUGGGCCCUGCUGCUCACCAUCUGCACGGCCAGCCAACUUAAAGACGUCUUGCACAAACAUCUGCCCAAGCUGCCAAGAUUGCUGGAGAGUGACGACGUCAACAUGAGAAUCGCAGCAGGCGAGACCAUAGCGCUGCUUUUCGAGCUAGCAAGAGACAUGGACCCGGAGUUUGAGUUUGAUGACUGGGACGAGCUGUGCGACAAACUGAGUGCUCUGGCCACAGACUGCAACAAGCAUCGGGCCAAGACGGAUAAGAAGAAGCAGCGCUCCGUGUUUAGGGACGUCCUUAAGGCUGUGGAGGAGGGCGACUUCCAAUCUGAGACCAUCCGCUUUGGGACAGAACGCAUGAGCAUCGACAGCUGGCUUAGAAAAAGGACCUAUGAUGCCUUCAGGGAGUUUGUGGGUGCUGGGAUGAAUUACCACUUGCAGGCUAAUGAGUUCAUCAGAGACGUGUUCCAACUCGGACCUCCCAUGCUGGUCGAUUCCGCCACAAUAAAGGCCAUGAAGAUCUCCCGCUUUGAGAGGCAUCUUCACAACUCUGCUGCGUUCAAAGCCCGCACCAAGGCCAGAAGCAAGUUUAGGGACAAGAGAUCGGACGUGGGCGACUUCUAAAAUUCCAGCACCCCCCUCAAGCCCCUCCCCCCCAUCCCUGCCACCCCUGCUUUAUUAUUAGAAUUUGUGCUCAUGUGUCUACACCUGUUUUUAAAGUACACAUACACAAAUGCAUCAUUUUUAAUAUAGAUCACACUACAUGUCGAAGUACAACCACGCUUGACUGUCAUACUGUACAUACUUUCCUCUAGGCUUGCUCUUAACCUUCAAUUCAACUGUAUUUAUUUUUGGUUUUGUGCCCUGCUACCCCCACCCCAGCCCUCCCCUCUUUCAUUAAUAUAUGUGUUAAGUUGCACAAAUUGUGUAGAAUUUGGUGUUUAUGAAUUGCAUUGGGUGUAUGAUCUAAAGGUAAAACUACAGUGAAAUAAAAAAUAUGGUGAAAAGCUGCAAAA